UUAAUAAGAGAGAGAGAGAAAGAGACAGGGGGAAAAAGAAAGAAAGAGAAUGUCCGCCAUCUACUCUCCUCUCCUGUGCGCACUCUCAAUCACGGCAGCUUCUUCAUGAAUUAGAGCUAAGGGGGUGGGGUGGGGGACAAAAGUACAUACCCCAGCAAACCCCAGGGCCCCCAGGCAUGGCCAGUUCGUGUGCUGUUCAGGUGAAACUGGAGCUGGGGCACCGAGCCCAGGUUAGGAAGAAACCCACCGUGGAGGGGUUUACCCACGACUGGAUGGUGUUUGUUAGAGGACCCGAGCACAGUAACAUUCAGCACUUUGUGGAGAAAGUCGUCUUUCACUUGCAUGAAAGCUUCCCUAGGCCAAAAAGAGUGUGUAAAGAUCCACCUUACAAAGUUGAAGAAUCUGGGUAUGCUGGUUUCAUUUUGCCAAUUGAGGUUUACUUCAAAAACAAGGAAGAACCGAAGAAAGUCCGCUUUGACUAUGACUUAUUCCUGCACCUUGAAGGCCACCCACCUGUAAACCACCUCCGCUGCGAAAAGCUCACAUUCAACAACCCAACUGAAGAAUUCAGAAGAAAGUUGCUGAAGGCCGGAGGGAUCAUGGUAAUGUCAGAUGGCACAUCAGUCUCUUCAGGACAGAGCCUUCAUCUCCUCAACCUUCCCAGUAACUCCCUGUCUUCUUCUGAAGUGAAGAAGAAAUCAUCUCAUGGGCCAAAGGACCCCAAUAAGAAUAUAAACACAAACAGCAGCAGCAGUAGUAACAGUUUUUCGAAGCCCCAUAAAUUAACAAAGGAGCACAAGGAAAAACCGUCUAAAGACUCAAAAGAACAUAAAAGUGCCUUCAAAGAACCUUCCAGGGAACACAACAAAUCUUCCAAAGAAUCCUCUAAGAAACCCAAAGAAAACAAACCACUGAAAGAUGAAAAAAUAGUUCCUAAGAUGGCCUUCAAGGAACCCAAACCCAUGUCCAAGGAGCCAAAAUCUGAAAAUAGCAUUCUUACUAUAACAGGUGGACAGCAGCAAGAAAAGAAAGCCCCUACAAAAAGGCCCCCCACUACAGAUUCUGAGGAACUUACUGCCAAAAAAAGGAAAAAAAGUAGUUCGGAGGCUUUAUUUCGAAGUUUUUCUAGUGCUCCCUCCUUGAUACUUACUUGUUCUGCUGACAAAAAACAAAUAAGGGAUAAAUCUCAUCUUAAGAUGGGGAAGGUCAAAAUGGAAAGUGAGACACUGGAGAAGAAAAAGCCUACUUUACCACCAUUUGAUGAUAUUGUGGAUCCCAAUGAUUCUGACAUGGAGGAAAACAUGUCCUCCAAAUCUGAAUCUGAACAGCCUAGCCCUGCCAGUUCAAGCUCAAGUUCCAGCUCCAGUUUUACACCAUCUCAGAACAGCAGACAACAAGGUCCCUUGAGGUCUAUAAUGAAAGAUCUGCAUUCUGAUGAUAAUGAAGAUGAAUCAGAUGAAGCAGAUGAGAAUGAGAAUGACUCUGAAAUGGAGAGACCUGUAAAUACUCGUGGAGGAAGUAGAGGUCGCAGGGUUAGUCUAAGUGACGGUACUGACAGUGACAGCAGUUCAGCUUCCUCACCGCUACAUCAUGAACCUCCACCACCUUUAUUAAAAACCAACAACAAUCAGAUUCUAGAAGUGAAAAGUCCAAUAAAGCAAAAUAAAUCUGAUAAACAAAUAAAGAAUGGUGAUUGCGAUAAGGCUUAUCUCGAUGAACUAGUAGAGCUCCACAGAAGAUUAAUGACAUUGAGGGAAAGGCAUGUACUGCAACAGAUUGUAAAUCUUAUAGAAGAAACUGGACACUUUCAUAUCACAAACACAACCUUUGACUUUGACCUUUGCUCACUGGACAAAACCACAGUCCGUAAACUACAGAGUUACCUGGAAACAUCUGGAACAUCCUGAGGAUACAGCAUCUGGCUGCAUCAAAAACUGUUUUUUAAAUAAAACAUUCAAAAUGAUGCAACCAAAAUGGAAAAAAAUAAACCAACCCUCUUCAGCUUUAUUUUUCUUUAAAGCCAGUCAUCAUUUCUUGAUAAAGGAGAGGAAAAGUGACAAGACUCAGAGGAUCGCUCUUCUCACCGAGGAAAUGCUCUGGAAGAGUUAGCCUGGAUAGCCUUGAAAAAAAAAAAAACCACAAAAAAACCACAAAAAAACUUGUUCUUAAUGAAUGUGUAUGGUAUCAUGUAUCUCUCUGUGGUGUUCCAGUCCACAAGACGAAUGCAUGUUCAACACACUGCCUUAUUACAUAACUGAUCUAUUUAUUAUUGCAUACAUAUAUUCUAAAGUCAUUGAGGGAAUGACACUACCAGAUGUUACAAGUACUCGGGUUCCAUGUAUGCUCCUUUGAUGCAGCACCAUCACAAGCCUAGUAACCUUAUUCAUGUUAAAAUGCCACUUAUUGCUGACUUUCUCUAGUCACUUAAAACACUAUAGUCUUGUUUCCACUUUUGCAGUUCCAGGAAACAAGGUACGAAGUGGGGGACCAAAAAGUGGCCCUAAUAUUUGUCUCCAGUCUGCCACAGUGGGUUGGACCACAGGUCCUUGGCUCUAUCCAUUUAUUGAUCUUAGACCAUGGUAAAAAAUGCACCAAAUAGGAUCAUAUGACUUGCUGUCUAGCCUUAGUCAAUAAACCAGUAGGACUUGUAACAAAAAAGUGUUACUGUGUACUGUCCUGAAUCCAGCAUUGUUUGUCAUCAACAUUCUUGUGUCUGUUUUAAUGUUAUAAUAUUAGAUAUAUAUAAAAGUGAAGGUGUUCUACGGGAUCACCAUAAAAGGAGGAAUACUGGUCCUGUUUUCUAAGGAAAUGUUGUAAGAAAAUUCUUAAUUUGGAACUAUUUAUUACUGCGAGUUUCAAUACUCUUCUGCUGCCAGUGUGUGACUCACCUUUACCAUAAAAACUGUUGGCAUAGUAUUUUUGUUUGUUCAUACAGAACAUGGUCUGAUUAGACUUUUUUUUUUACAUCUGAUAAAUUAAAAUCCUUUCUUUGAAAAAAUAUCUUCGUUGUUAUACAGUGACAUGUUGGAAUAUAUAUAUAUAUAUAUAUGUAUAUGUGUAUAUAUAUGUAUAUAUAUUAUUUUCCAAAUUUCAGUACCUGUUGAGUAAUCUGCUUGCGUUUCCAGAAGGAUUUCUUGUCUGUGAAAACAAAUGUUCUUCCAUGUACACUUCCUUAAAAUGAGGAAUAUUUUGCAUAUGUGUGCAAUCCAGAGAAUUUACAAAUAGUUUGAAAUCAGUGCUCUGUGAUCUCAUUAUGAUGAUUUCAUUAUAAAACCGUCACCUCUUUAUGGGAAAUUAAACUCUUGAUCCUGAUGAAAAGAGAAUGCAAUUAAGAAAUACUUCUGGAUCCGAAGGUUUGUUCAGCCUUAAGAAAACGUGUUUGCAGAGAGGCCAGUAUAUUUUCCAUGUAUGCGUACAUGCCAGAUGUAGUAUAUUCAUUCACAGUUGAACAAUGGUAGUAUCUGUAUGUUUUAUUGUUUCAUGUACAUGGUUUUGUGCAGUACAGUGAAACUAGAGUCCUGCUGGGGUUAUUUCUUCAUAUUCAAAUGGGAAUUAUUAACACUGUUUCUUUAAGUCCAAAGAAAAUCGUAUAUUUUUUUUUUAUUAUUUUUUUUUUUUUUCAGUUUUUUGAAUUUAAAAUGUUGUUUAACCAUACUCCCAUGGAAAGUCUCUUUCAGGCUUCCAAAAGAACAAGUGUACUUUUUUCAGUAAUGUUAUGACUCUUAUUGACGAUUGGCAUGAAACAUACUUGAAGCGUUAUGUUGUUAAGUCCACGUCUUAAUGUGCAAUUGUUGUGGGAAACGUCUUUAAAAAUCAUUUUGACAUCGGGAGGAUGAUGAUGGGAGGGUGGGGAAGGCAUGUUGGAGGGUGGGGUUAAUUUUUGUCAACAUUUUAUAUGAAAAUGUUUUGAAAUCUAAAAGCAAUCUUUAAAAAAGUCUUUGAACUAAUAGUGCACAUUCAACUUACUACCUUUUUAGUUAAAUCAGAUACAUGUGGAGUCUGGUCCAUUUUGACUUUUCUAACUAAAUUUUGUGGUAAAAACUCUUGAGCUUCAAGAGGGGAAGGGAGCCCAAGAUUUCUUCUAGCAUGAAUUGAAUAUCCUGCUGUUUUAAAUAACUGGUGAAAUAAGUCAUGUUACCCAUAGAAAUACUAGCCAACUUCUAUUGUACAUAUGAAUGGGGGUGGAAGGGUAGGGAAGCCCAUAUAAAAGGGAGACUAUUGCAAUAGCAAUAUAACUUUACCUCUGAAUUUCAUAUAAAUCCUUGAUCGUCCUUAAAUAAAAUCUUAGUUCUCUAAUUUGAUAAGAUUGGGAAAUAAACAGACUGCAGCUGCAUUUUGUGUGUGUUAACUGUAAAGUGAGUUUUCCACAAAAUUCUGAUAGAAUAAGAGUCACUAAGCGUUGAUCUCUUUAAAAAACAAAAAAGUUUUACAUUAGCUAUUUUCAUCCAAUUUUGUAUGCAGAAACAAAAUAAAUCCUUUUUCAAUUAAUUUCAAAUAGUCCUAUUUCUCUUAAAAGAAAAAUCAUAAAAACCCUACCUAAAUCCACUAUGUUUAUGAGCAUUGAUCUUUGGGACCAGUUAAAAUUUUUUCACGUACGCUCUACCUUACAACUGCUACAUUAGCUUUUAAGUGCAAGAGAAUAAAAGGAUUGGGAUUUCAUUUAGUACCGACCUAUUUAAAAAAAAAAUUAACUGAAUGAAUUUGGAUAAUGGAUUAAGUUGACCAGACAGAGGUUAGCAGUAAGCAAUAUUUUAAAACCCUCUUUUGCAUCACUAGUUGAACACUGUAAUUAGAGAGUAACAAUUGUAUAUCAUGGAAAGCACAACUUUAUUCUUAAAGACUAAGAUUUAUUUGAGCAUAAGCUUUCGUGGGUAAAAAACUCACUUCUUCAGAUGCAUGGAAGCAUGGAUGCAUGCAUCUGAAGAAAUGGGUUUUUUACCCACGAAAGCUUAUGCCCAAAUAAUUCUGUUAGUCUUUAAAGUGCCAAUAAACUUCUUGUUUUUUGUGGAUACAGACUAACACGGCCACCCCCCUGAAACUUUAUUCUUGAAACUAACUAAAUGUUCACCUCAGGAAUUGGCUAUCCAAGGGGGAUAACCUUUUAGUAGAAGUUUGGGUCACGUGAAAACUUCAACUUCCCCUAAAUUUAAAAAGGUGUCUUAAUCCACCUUAACACAAGAGGAAACUUCUUACAAAAUAGACCUGUAUUUGGUGGCACAAGCUAUGGUAAAGAGGUUGAGCAAAAAAUAAGUACAAUUAAUUGAGAAUCAAAGGUAAAGCAUGAAAUAACUACAUUUGUGUUGUAUCAGUAACUGUCUUUGAAGUGUAAGAGGUGUUUUAGUUAUUUCCAUCUGUGAAUUUGUCCCUUAUUAAUUUAGGUAAAAUCUAUCUUUAUACAUUCAAAAGUAAAGCAAACAUAGUACUUGUGGUUGGCGAGAUCCUACAUAAUAUUUUAUUAAGACUUCGUAAGAAAAAAGAUUCUUAGGACAGAUUUUAGUUUUCAGAAUGAAAUUAAGUAUGUGACAGUCUGUUUCAGGUCAGUGAAAAGUGUAAUUAUUAUCUGGAUUUCUUAGAAGCUACAUUAGUGUUCUGACCUCUUGAAAUACCUCAUAAAUUUCAAACGCUAUUACUUGGAGCUUGCAGAGCUGAUGGAAAAGUAGCUAGAGGUCUGUAGAGAAACUUGUCCUUUUUUUGUUGUCAUGUGCAUUAUCUCAUCCAAGCAGUGUCUGGAGGAGAAUGUUUGAUUUGCUCUCGUGUUAUAUUUCUUUGUUCCAUCUGGAUUACUUUUCUAUCUUCCAUCACUUGCUUGCAUUUUAAUUGUGUGUACCGUAUCUUUCAGCAGGCUUGUAUUUAAAUCUGCAUUUUUGUGUGUGCAUAUUGGUCCAUUGACUUCUACAGCUUGAUGCUAAGUUGGAGUUGACUUAGACUCCACUUAAAAUCGUAUUAUUUACUCAGUCACUUGUGGCUGCUCCAUCCAGUCUGUAGUUAGGGGACUUUGAGAGAGUGGAUUUUAAAUCAGAAAGACAAAGGUGCUACUGUCUAAAGUGUAAAUAUGUAUUUUGGCACUCCUACUACAAUAAACUGAAAUAGAGGCUUAUGAUGGAAAUGCUGACAGGCCCUUAACCAUGGCAGGAGCUACCAGGCACUAUAAAAAUAAAUAAUGUAAAACUUAUUCUAAAGAUUAACAAGUACAAGACAGAUGUUUUUCUGAACCUCAACAGUUUCCCUAAUUGUUAAACCAUAUAUAUUGUAUUUUGUGAAGGUUUUUACACUGUUUUAACAAUAAUUCCUUAGCACAGACUGUUCAUGGGUGCCCAUUUCCCAGUGCUGGAUAGCAUACCUGGAAAAUUUACUCUAGGGCAUGAAAGGAUUAAGAAAUUCUAGUGGACGAUGGGACUACAACUCCUAUUUCUGAAGUGUUUUUGUAUGUGCAUAUGACUUAACCAGUGCAUUAGUGCAGUUAGAACAAGUAAGUUUACAAGGCUGGUCUUGUGAGUGAGAGAGCAGACAAAUUUACAUCAAAGCACAAUUAUACAAGGGCCCUGCAUUUAGUUGAGCAGCAAGAAGUGCCAGAGUGACUAGACAGGAAGGAGAAAUAUUACCACAAUGAGAACAAUGCCCUUUCAGUUUUGAUUUAAAUAAAAAAACAUUAGGUGGCUGAAUAUAAUUCCUUACAUUAAUGGAGAGAAUACUGUUUGCUGAUCAGCACUUAGAUCUUGUUUAAAAUAGCAGGACACAAUAUUCAGGGUGGAGGCUCUUCAGUGCAUUAUUCGUAUAACUGGGUUGUAGUUGACCCUAAGGAUCUGAGAGUUAAGUGGAUUGUAGUAGGGUACAAACAUCUGAGUUAUCAUGAAAUGGAUUUGAGACACUAAUAUCUGAUUAAUAUUCAUGGUGAGUAUUCUAUCUAAUCUAUUCGCUUUUUCUACAUCAGGCUGAUUCAUUCUGCCAUAAAGCAAUACCUUUUGCUUUUUUUUUUUCAGCAUGAAGACUGAGCAAAGUGAAAUGUUCAUCUGUGAAUGCAACAGGAGGUGCAUUUUCAUCAUGAUGGGGAUAGCUCAAGCUGGAAAUCUCCCACUCUUGGAUGUCAUUUCAAAUGGGUCAUGCAUUUUCCUAUGUUCCAUCACCCAACCUGUGCUGUAAAGCUGAUCCUCCCAUUAAUAAACUUGGCCCUCAUCUCUUAUAAGAGUAUGGCAUAAAUGAUUGCCUUUCAUCAUUACUGCUGGAUGCAAACAGAAUUCAAGGUCUGUGUCCCGUUCAGGAAAUUGUAGGCUUGUUAAGUUGUCAAUUAUAUGUUUCUGUUAAGACCUAGAAGUAAAGCUAAUCUCCACCAAAGGGGAAAGAAAGAUGUACCGGUACUUAAAACUUUUUUCCCCACGAUUUCUCCCCUUAAACAAUUUCCAAAAGUUUCUAAAGGUUAGAAAAGGGAAUACGCACAAACCAUUAAGAAAAGAAAUGAAAGGUAGUGAAAAGAUGAAACAAAUGAGUUGUACUAAAAGCCUGGCUGUGCAAGUAAUAAGGUUGUAAUGGUGAUAUUGAUUUCAGUGCAGGGCAGACAUUCCUAGCACAUGUGGUUUGUGUAUCUGUGUCUGAGUGGGUGGUCUAGAAAAAAGUGCUAAAUACAGCAAGAUGGCUUAGUUUUUGAGCAGUGGAGGGAGACCUUCAAGACCGGCUCAGCCAGUGUCAUCCAAGGCUCUCCAGGAUAAAGCAGCUUUCCGUUAGCUUUGUUCUCAGAGGCUAAGCCGUAACUUUCCUUAUUCAUUUAAAUAUUUGAGUUUCUAUUCUGCACAGUAUCUGUGACAUGGCAGGGGUUUUAG